AUGAAAGGUGAUAUUAUCAGUGUAGCCGUCCUCAAAAGAAAGAAGGAAGAAGACAAACAGAACAGUUCCAGGAAGGUUGAGAUCAGCAAUGAAUUGGAGGUGACCGACUGGAAGAGUCUGUUUGAAAAGCAUAGCCACGAGUUCUCAUCGGCAAUCACGCAUGACGUGCGAGUCUCAUUGGAGAGUGCAGACAUGUUCUCGGGGGAUGACAUUCUGAGGGAAGCCAGGCUGAGGGAACUCCGCCUUUUGUCACAGCUGUGUGGUUAUGGAAGAGUGAUCUUGACUGGAACCCCUUCAAUAAAUCGCCUUCCCUCAAACUUGCACGCCGUGGUCCUGCGCCAUGUUGGCACCUCAGAUGUCCAGCUCGACAAUUCUCAUAACCCGUUGCUUACGGGGUCGUCCUUUGAGCUGAUACCCGACCCAGCACUGGAAAUACCAUAUCUCUGGGUUGACUCACUCUGCAUCCUCCAAGAUGAUGCGGAAGAUUGGCGUCAGGAGGCUUCUGAGAUGGGAGUUAUCUAUAGUCGGUCGGCGCUGACUAUAACCACGCCAUAUAACAGCCAGUGUGAUCAGAGCCUGAACGCGCCCAACGAAAACCAAGAUGAUUCAUCUUGGCCUCGGCUACGAUGGGAACAUCGUCGCGGCGAAAUGACGGUCACGGGUUCUGUUACAGUGCGGCCAAGAGUGGCGAUUCCGAGUGGUGAGCCCUUCCCGUUAUCAAACGGGAAGAAAGACUCUCCUUGGAUGACUCGGGGCUGGACUCUGCAAGAGUGGCUCCUUUCCCCCCGGGUACUUCACUGCGGACGUGAGAGAGUGUGGGAUUGCCACGAGACUUGGCACACAGAGAGUCGUAUGACCUGGACUAGCACGUCGACUUCACCUCUCAAUGACAAUAAAAUUCUGCGAGAUGGCUUGUCAUCUCACAUAGUUGCCAGGAUGUCCCGUCUUGAUCCGGAGACCAGGAAAGGUGGCUUCGACACCCACUGGGCUCGUGUGGUGGAAGACUUUACAUCCAGGACCCUCAGUUGCGAGAUGGAUAAGAUGCCUGCCAUAGCGGGACUUGCAAAAAAGUUCAUGGAACAUGCCCACGUGAAGGCACCCGAUGCCAUAUACCUUGCGGGCCUCUGGUACUACAAGGGUGUCAACCCAUUCCGUGGUGGAGCACAUCCCAUAUCGCAAAUACCAUUAGGAUUACUGUGGAGACGGUCCGGUGCGGGCUUCAUGCGAUCACCCGCUGCGUACAGAGCCCCUUCAUGGAGCUGGGCUGCCUUGGACGGGCCGGUGGAGCUUUUCCGUGUCCAGUGGCCUCUUAUAUCUACCUCAGACAACAAAAACGCGUUCAAGGUGAUAAACCUACUUAAGGUGGAAGCCGCCAAUUGUUUCUUUGACCCACCUGAGUCGUUGUCCCUGGUCCAGACCGCUUGGAUCAUCGCUUCAGGUCACCUGGAGCAAGCUUACACCUACGCUCACGCACCUCAGGACGCUGCGACAAUUCACUCAGGCUAUGCAAACGAUUACCGUCAAACAUUUGUUGUGUUAUAUACUCACCCAAGCCACGAGAAAGCAUACUGGACUGGAAUAUUUGAUGAAUCAUUAGAGACUACUGGCAUAAACUAUGUCGAGGGAAGUCUUUAUCUUUUACAUGUGGCGACAAUCAUUCACAAGUUAGAUGACGGCCAUGUUCUUGAACUGCUCAACCACGCCCUUCUCGUGGAGAUGGUGGGCAGCUUUGAUCAUUUACGUUGCUUCCGCAGGCUGGGGGUCGCCUGGAAUUCCUCCCACAGAAUGGGCAGAGAGGCCGACAGCAUAUCCAGGCCAGCCACAGAGUGGAGCGAUAGGCACAUGCUCAAGGAUUGGGAGACUGAUCGGGUGCGCUUAAUUUGA